AUGAAGAACAAGCUGCGUCGGCCAAAACCUAACGAGUGGUUUUCUAUUAAGUGCCUGCAAAGGCUACUGGGCCCGUUCACGGUGGCAUCCGACACACUUGGGCGUCAGAACUAUCAUACGAUGCCGCUAGAUCUACCACUUAUUUCAGGGAUUCGCUCGCACCUUGAGAGCAAAAACCUGUUUGCUGCUCUUGAAGCCGAGGCAGGGGAGGAAUGUUUCGUUCAUGAAAUGCACGAGUGGCGUCUCCAGACACACGCGGUAAUCCGCCUUCUCAAAGACCAGUCCAACCUGCAAAAGCCAGCUGAGAUCUGGCAGGGACUCCAAUAG